GAACUACUCGCGGAAGUGACGUAACUCUACGUUUGUUCCUCCAAUCAGAGCUCGCAGCGCGCGAUUUCGAACAUCAACGUCCCCGACGGAAAAUACGCCACAGAAUCAACUCGCACAAAAUACACAACUUACGCACUAUCCGGCCUAAAGUAGCUGUUUAUAGAUCUUAUCGCAAAUAAUUGGGUAAGACGUACGCCGUGUUUUGGUGAAGCUCGGCGUAAUAUGGAGAUAAAAGCUGAUAUCUUGACCAGCUGAUAGACUUUACACUGGAUUUCGUGGAUGUGUGACUGAUCGUGCGCACUCAGCCAUGGUGCGGGAGCGGGUGGUGCAGAAGAAGUCCUUCCAGCAAAGUCUGGACGACAUCAAGGACAAAAUGAAGGAAAAGAGAAACAAGCGUCUCGCCAGUGCUUUAGCUGCCAGCCGCGGCCUCUCAAAACUGAAGAACAAACACACAGCUACAGUGAAGCCAUUUGUCCUGAAGAGUGUGCAGGUGAAUAACAAAGCUCUUGCAGUAGCCCUGCAAACAGAGAGGGAGAAGGUACGGCAAGCGCAGGGGGUCAUCCUGCAGCUCAAGAAAGAAAGGCAAGCACUCAUCUUUCAUCUGCUGAUGCUGAAGAGGACGCUUAAAGAUCGAAGACCUGCUGAAAGUGCCCAGGUUUCUCCUGUAGAGACGGGUCCACCUCAGCCAAUCAGUCCUAAACCAGUACAUGUGGUUGAGACGGAUAUCCCUGAUCAUCACUCAGCAGAACCACCUUUUAAUGCAGAUGCUGUUCCAGGUUGGCGUAGUGUCAGACAGGUUUCGUUGCCCCCCACAGUAGGAACAAGGCGAAAGAGACGCUCUGAGGUUGUGAGGAGGCGAAGCUCACGUUUUGACUCUGGCACGGUCGAGAAAUGUGACGCAUUCGAUGUGAAAAGAGAAGAGACUAUUGAUAACAGACAAGAGACGUGUCAUGAACAGGAAGAGCUUAAUGAAGAACAAGCUGGACAAAAAACAGGGCAGAACUGUGAGUUCAACCUAGAGAUUUCUGAACUCCCAACCAUUCAGCACUCGACACCUGAGCCCCCCCAGCGGCCCACCAGACAGCCCAAGAAGAAACCUGCCCAAGCCGCUCCCCGCUCCAAACCAGAGAGGGGAUGCAAACCAGACCGAGCCCCGUUGAAGAAACCAUGGGAAAACCCCAAACCCCGUGCUCGCUCCAAGAGUCGGGACCGAUCUCAGAGUCGUGCAAGAGCGGCGCUUCCACCUACCGAUCACCUUAACUCCUCGUUGGGUGGCAAUGACACCUUUGACUUCGAC